UUUAUAGGUCUUCCACGCACACACACGCGCGCGCACACGCACGCACGCACACACGCACAGACGGACAGAGUCAGGAUGUGACAUCAUCCGCAGGAAGAGAAGCCAAACAACUUUUUUCUCUCUCUCUUCGCUGCGCUGUCUGCGCUGCCGCUGCUGGGCGCAGUUGAAGUCACUUCUCGGAGCCUCUUCUCGGUCUGAGGCAGCGGAUCCAGAGGAGCGAGAGGGGGCCGAGCAGCUGGAUCCGUCCUCCACCGGGGGAGUAAAAAAAAAAAAAAAAGGACGCCUGAAUCCUCCCUGAACUUUUCUCACAACUUCCCACCGCAUUCCUCCACGGCAAGGAUUGCAGACAGAAACACCCCGCCAUCUGGAAACAAGAGAUCGCUGCAAUCUCGAUACGACGAGAGGCCGACCCCCCCCCCCCCCCCCCCCCCGACCCGAUUUCCAAACUGAAAACCCACCUGGUGCCGUCUCUGAGGAAGGUCACGCCUCAUCAAAGUCAAAACUAAUUACUAUUCUGGAGAGCGUGUUCUCCCCCUAUCACACGGCUGAGUCCAUGGCGUUGUGUCUCGGACAAGUCUUCAGCAAAGACAAAACGUUCAGGCCCAAGAAGCGGUUCGAACCGGGCACCCAGCGCUUUGAACUCUACAAGAAGGCCCAGGCCUCGCUCAAGUCCGGCUUGGACCUGAGGAAAGUGGUUCAGCUGCCGGAGGGGGAGUACAUCAAGGACUGGAUCGCUGUUCACGUGGUCGAUUUCUUCAACAGGAUCAACUUGAUCUACGGCACGGUGAGCGAGUACUGCUCCGAGCGCACGUGUCCCAUCAUGUCCGGCGGGCUGAGGUACGAGUACAGGUGGCAGGACGGCGACGAAUACAAGAAACCCACCAAGUUGCCCGCUCUCAAGUACAUGAACCUGCUGAUGGACUGGAUCGAGUCGCUCAUCAACAACGAGGACAUCUUCCCCACCAGAGUAGGUGUACCUUUCCCCAAGAACUUCCAGCAGGUGUGCAAGAAGAUCCUGAGCCGCCUCUUCAGGGUGUUUGUGCACGUUUACAUCCAUCACUUUGACAGCAUCUGCAGCAUGGGAGCGGAGGCCCACAUCAAUACCUGCUACAAGCACUACUACUACUUCAUCUCGGAGUUCAACCUCAUUGAUCACUCGGAACUGGAGCCCCUGAAAGAGAUGACAGAGAAGAUAUGCAAUUAAACAAAACCACAUGGAGAAAAGGAGUUUACAUUUUGACGUUAUCUGAGCCCCGUGAGAAGUCAUCGCCUUCGAAACACUCAACACAAAGAACAUUUUUACAUCAGAUUGUAUGAGUGGUUUUCUAUGCAUAACUGGGAAGGUCCACUAAUUUGCCACAUUUCUUUAGAUGGUGGCAGUGCCUUCACAGAGGUUUUUACUUACAGUGAAGUGGUGAUUGGUGUCAUGAUUAUAGGACGUUGUGUUGGAUUAUAAUACAUCCUAUAUAGUGCUUGUGCUUUUUCUUUCCUCCUGUGCAUGUAUGUUUGACCUUUUUAUAUACAUUGUCAAGUCGUUUUUGUUGUUGAAUGUUUGUAUUGUUGUAAAUGUUUUGUGUUUUUUUGCGGGUUUUUUUACAGUUUAAACAUAAAAAUGCAGUCUAAAAAUGA